AUGUCCAAACCUAAGGUUCUAUACCUCGGCGAGGUUGUCCUUGCUCACGAGAAGUGGGAGCAAUUGACCCAAAUGGCAGAGAUCAUAACUCCUAAAGCCACAAACAGAGAAGAGUUCAUUGCCGAGUGCAAGAGUGGACGCUUCGACGAUGUGAUCGCUGCAUACAGAACUUUCCCAUCCGUCAGCAUCACAGGCAUCUUUGACGAGGAACUGGUGCAAGCAACUCCUAAGAGCUGGCGUUUCCUUGCACACAAUGGCGCUGGAUAUGAUCAAAUAGACGCCCAUGCCUGCGCUGCUAGAGACCCGCCACUUCUAGUCUCUAAUAUUCCUACUAUUGCUGAUGAUAGCACUGCUGAUACGGCCGUGUUCUUGAUUCUUGGUGCUCUACGCAACCUCAAUCCUUCCAUGCAGGCUUUGCGUGAGGGCAAGUGGAAGGGCUCACCUCCUCCUGCUCUUGGUCAUGAUCCUCAGGGCAAGACCUUGGGUAUCCUUGGUAUGGGAGGCAUUGGCAGGAACUUGAAGUUGAAAAUGGAUGUCUUUGGCAUGAAGGCUAUCUACCACAACAGAAGAAAGCUGAGCAGUGAAGACGCAGCUGGCGCCGAAUACGUAAGCUUCGACGAACUGCUUGCGAGAUCCGAUGUCUUGAGCUUGAACCUGCCUUUGAACCCCAAAACACGUCACAUUAUUUCGACCGCCGAGUUUGCAAAGAUGAAGAAGGGAGUGGUGAUUGUGAAUACAGCUCGCGGACCUGUCAUGGAUGAGGACGCAUUGGUCAAAGCCCUGGACUCUGGCCAUGUGGCUUCCUGCGGCUUGGAUGUGUUUGAGGAAGAGCCUAAGGUUCACGAAGGUCUCAUUCGCAACCCCAAGUGUGUCUUGGUGCCGCACAUGGGCACAUGGUGCGUGGAAACGCAGACUAGGAUGGAGGAGUGGACUAUUGGCAAUGUGAUGGAGGCUGUCACCAAGGGGAAACUCGUUAGUCCUGUACCAGAACACAUGGAUUUGCAAUAG